CCACGUCUUAGAGGAGGUGACUCAGUGCAGCACAUAACCCUGGCCUGUGCUGACGACGUUGUCGCAGCCUUACAGGGCCUUCGAGAAAAAAAACUUUGUCUUUGAACCUUUUAGCCUCAAAUCUUUUCCCGUCUUGAGCAGAGGAUGGCACCAGGAAGAGUUGCAGGUGUUCUGGUGGCCGUCUUGGCUCUGACUUCGCUGCACGAGGCAGGGGCAGUCACCAUUAACAGUGUCAGCCCAACAGCUGGCAGUAGAAAGGGAGGAACUCGGGUGAAGAUCUUUGGAAGUGACAUCCCGAAGGACUUCAGCAUGGAUUUCGAUGUGGUGAGUGUGAACUUCGUGAGCUCCACCCAGUCGUAUCCGUGCGAUGUGGAGAGGACAUCCGUCAAUGACAAGCAGAUCGAGUGUUACACAAGCGCCAUGCCGCUGGGCAAGUACACACCCGAAGUGACCGUGUGCACCAGCGCAAAUUCUCGCGACUGUACCACCUUCAGAUGUGACGAUCCGGAGGUGUGCACCUUUGAGACAACUAACUGGAGGACACCGUUCAUCCAGACUAUCACCCCCAACACCGGGUAUCCAGGUGAGUAG